AUGAUAAAUCAAAUUGCUGAUGUUGAUAAAACAGUUGAAGCUGCUCAAACAGCUUUUGAUAUCGAAUCACCAUGGCGUAAUUUAGAUCCUCUUUCUUUCUCUCAACAUAAGUCAAUAUGUAAAAAGUGGAAACACUUAACAAUGUUGAUUGUACUGAAACUAACUGAACAAACACCACUUAGUGCACUUUAUUGUGCUGCUCUUAUCGAAGAGACUGACUUUCCACCAGGUGUUGUCAACAUCAUACCAGGUGAUAUACCUGAAUGUGGUUAUGCAAUUGCUGUUCAUGCACAUAUUGAUAAAAUAGCUUGUACUAGUUCAGUUGAAGUUGGGAAGAACAUACAAGAAGCAGCAACUAAAUUAAAUCUUAAAUGUGUUACAUUUGAACUUGAACAUGGUAGUGAACGAGUUGAUAAUAAAGAUUAUUUUAUCAAAGCAACUAUUUUUAGUGGUGUAAAAGAUGAUAUGCAAAUUACCGGUGAAGAGAUAUUUAGUCCAGUAAUGUCAGUCUUAAAGUAUGAUUCAUAUGAAGAAAUUAUCAAACGAGCAAACGACACGACUUUUGGACUUGGUGCUGGAGUGAUAACUAGAGACAUGAGACGUGGUCUUACGUUGGCUCACCAAAUAUGA